CUUUGACUCUCGAAAACAACUUUUUCAUAGUUUUCAUAGUUUUGUUGCUUUUGAAGUGAUGGCUGUGACGGCACUUCCAAACAGUUCUGGUAUUUCUCUCGUAUUUCAAUGGUUUUGAAACAUCUUUUGGAGACAUUUACUGUCUUUUCAGUGUUUUUUGAUACUUGAUUUUGUGUUACUUAUUGUUGUUAUUGAUUGUUACUAUAGUUGUUAAUAUAUUAUUAUUAUGUUUGACCACAAACUGAACUUCGAAGUCAUCUUUAUAACUAUUUUAUCAUUAGUUAUUAUCACCUCAUCUGAUCCUUCCAUUAACAACAAGAGCCAAAUAGAAGAUUUGACGUUAUUAUCUUUGCCAAUACAAACCGAUUUUACACAAACCUCAGCUCUUGUUACUGAUAAUACAAGCACAAAUGAUUUCAGCAAACAAGACAUUGAUGUAACAACUUUUGGGACAAUUAGUAGUAAUAAUGACAGCAAAAGUUAUUUUUAUAACCAAAGCAUUGAUUCAAAAUUAGACAACAAUGAAGAAAAACAAUUUGAUCCACAAUUAAAUUCAGUUUCUUCUUCCUUUUCUUCAAUAUAUCCUAUAAUAUCUUCGAACAUAUCUUUGAAUUCCUCUGACAUAUCAUCGAGAAUAGAGACACACAGUUCUUCAAUAACUUCGAAUCCAAUAAAUUCUAUACAUUUGACAAAUCAAACGACAGAAAGUGGUGAAAAAAGACGAACAAAUGCUAAUCCAUCGAUGGAUGAUAUAAUUAGCGGCAUUUUGCAGCUUAUCGGUGGUAAUGUUAAGUUACCGCGACCUCAAAACAAAUUACAACCAUUGGGGCCAUUUAGACCUGACUUAUUAUCGGCCACACGUAUCAAUAACCGCGGACCACCUAAAGUGCCGCUUAUUAAUCCAUUGGGAAAUCAAAUGCCUAAUGUAGUUCCACCAAAUGUUUUGAUAGGACCGGGAAGACCGGCCGGUAUUGCGCUGCCAUUUCCUCCCUCACAGUUGUCACGAUUACCACUACCAUUAAACAUAGGGCCAACUAAACCUCCAUUUAAUAUACCUGAAAGUGAUGUUAGCUUUUUAUUAGGUUUAAUAAAACCACACAUAAAAGAUGAGAAAGAUAUGAUGGUAUUGAAAAAUCUACCGAAAAUACAAACAACACAAUCCAGUGAUAAAAUUAAAGAUAAAACCAAUUCUGUAAUUAACUCUCGACCCAUAUUUACGGAUAAGAUUUUGGCAAACCCUUCAAAUAUUCAAGACUUUAUUCGUGCAAAUUCUUAUUAUUCAAACAUAUUUUCAUCACUUUCUUCACACUUACUAGAAGUGAGUGUUUCAAAGACCAAACCAUUGACAACAUUAUCGACUGUCGAAUCAGUUAAUUCAACGACAGAUAUAACAGAUACAUUGUUUUCUUCAUUUGUAAUACCGAGUCAACCGCCAAUCCCAUUGCCAACCGGUCCUAUCACUGAUUGGGUUCCGGUCGCCACUUCCACUUCCAAUACUAAAACUUAUGAAUCGGCAACAGAUGAACCAAUAAUUAUCACAAUGCCAGAGGAACCGAGUGUUUUUGAAGUUGUAGUCAAACAACAAAUUGGUCCAAAACCUAGUUUAUCGACAACUAUAGACCCGACACCCGUGAAUACGAAAGUUUCAAAUACAUUAACACAUAUGUCCAGUGAAAGUGUUUUAUCGACAAUAAUAACACCGACACAAACCCUCAACACAUCAAUUAAUUCAGUUUUAAAUAAUUCAUUACAAAAUAUAAGUAAAGAUGACGUAGAAAUAGUGUACGGAAGACCAGCUCAUAAAACAAAUUACAAAACUAUUACUUCUUCAUUUACUAGUAGUUCUGAAGAUAUUAUAACACUUUUAGGAUCAGCUGAGAUGUCAACCACUUCUAAAAAUACAGUAACAGCUGUUGGCAAACCAAUUGUAGUUCCCGUAGAAAUGGAUGAAGUGAAACCUCAUGUUGGUCCCGGAAGACCAAAUACAUCUAAUCGCCAUCCAGGAGCUAAUACAGUGAAUUCUAAGACACCAACCUUGCAAGUGGGUUCAGGAGUAAUGGUUAGUGGAGAAGAUAGCGGAGGUGAUAAAAAGGGUAUUUUGCAACCCAAUGGACAGACAGCUCAAACAAAACCACUAAUUGUUAGAAGACCUCCAUUUAGACCCCGUCCUAAUGUACCGAUAGUUAGAAUUGAUACGUGUAUUGUUGGCGACGACUCGACGUGUGAGGCGGCGCUCAACGAGAAGUGUUUGACUGAAUUAGGGUUGAGUUCGUGUCAGUGCAGACCAGGCUAUUCCCGAAGUCAAGCGAGAACUCCAUGCGUUCCCAUCAUUGCAUUGGCUCUAUCUCUUAAAGUCGACCGAAUGGCUGAUAAAAAACUUGUAUUUAAUCGCAAUUUACUUAACACAGACACUGAAGAAUAUCAGUAUUUAGAGUAUGAAAGCCUUCAAGCGAUUAACUCUAUAUUUUUGGCGUCAAAAUUAAGUAAAGUUUAUUUGGGAACUAAAAUAAAUCGGUUUUAUUCAGUCGCCGGAAAAACUAUAAUAAACGCCAGCAUUAACUUAGAGCUAAAUAAUGCCACUUCUAAUCCAUCCAUCAAAAGGUAUGUCCAACAAGACCUGACCCGUGUUAUAGCCGUCCGCAACAAUAACAUUGGCGAUAGUCAGCUGUGGGUCGACGGCAGUCUCAAUGCUAUUCCGAGAGUCGAUGACUUGAAUGAGUGUUCAAAUAAUGAACUAAACGACUGUUCAAAACAUGCAAAAUGUUUCAAUGAUUUCGGAACGUUUAGGUGUGAAUGUGAACAGGGAUAUGAAGACAAAUUUAUUAAUGAUAAACUCAAAUCGGGUCGUAUAUGCCAAACAUGUUCACCACAAUACUGCUCUAAUAAAGGCGAGUGCUUUAUAGUGAAUGGUCAGCGAGAGUGCAAAUGUAAGGCAAACUUUAUUGGAUCCAAGUGUGACAUCGAUGCAGAAGUAUUGGGGGUUGCGUUGGGAGGAUCUGUUGCGGCACUCAUUAUAAUCAUUAUUACAUUUUUAUGUCUUUAUAUGUGGAAUCAGCGCUGGAAGAAAGAGCAGCAAAAAAUGGAAGCAAUGAGUGCCGCAAGUGGUCAUACAUUUAGCUAUGUUAACAAACAAGCGGCCACUGCUUACCGAUUGACAAUUGAUGACCGCAUGAGAUGGGCUCAAAUAGCCGAAGCCAUGGCUACCAAUCCCACAUAUACAACAAAUUAUUAUGUGAAUCCGGAACAAAUGUCUUCUAGUCAUAGUCAGCACCACAUGAAUCACGUUUACGCCACUCCUAAUCGGGUCUCUUCUUCGGGUACUUUACUCAAUGACGAUCUGUGCGCUUAUGAAUCGCGACAAUACAGUCGCUCUCUUCGGCCUAAAUCUCGUACCGCUUCCUCAACUCACGGAUAUUCAUCGAAAAAUACAGUAAACGAUAGCAUAUAUAAUGAGACGGAAUUUUCGACGCGUGAAAUGAUAUACUCUCCCCAACAUAUAAUGCCGGCACCGGCACCCAGAUCCCAGUUCUCAUAUUCAUAG